AUGGCUUCAGCGGCGCAAGAUUUCCAGCCCCGGACAUUCUCCAUCAAACUGUGGCCACCGAGUGAAAGCACUCGUCUGAUGCUUGUAGAGAGGAUGACCAAGAACCUGUCCUCUGAGUCAAUCUUUUCUCGCAAGUAUGGCCUUUUGGGCAAAGAAGAGGCCCAUAAGAAUGCCAAAAGGAUUGAAGAGAUGUGCUUUGCUUCUGCAGAUGAGCAUUUCAAGAAGGAGCCUGAUGGUGAUGGGAGUUCUGCUGUCCAGCUAUAUGCAAAAGAAACAAGCAAGCUGAUGCUGGAAGUCCUCAAAAAAGGUCCGGGGACGACUGCGGAACCAGAAGCACCUGUUAUUGAUACACCUAUUGAGCCUACUGAUACUGUGUUUGAUAUAUCUGGUGGCAAGCGUGCUUUCAUUGAGGCAGAAGAAGCAAAGGAACUUCUGAGUCCACUAACAGAACCAGGAAACUCAUAUAGCAGGAUUUGCUUGAGCAACAGGAGCUUUGGUAUUGGUGCUGCCAAUGUUGCCGGGCCAAUUCUUGAAUCAAUAAAAUCUCAGCUCAAGGAGGUAGAUAUUUCAGAUUUUGUUGCCGGAAGACCUGAGGAUGAAGCCCUUGAUGUGAUGCGGAUAUUCUCCAAAGCUUUAGCAGGGUCUGUACUGAGAUACCUCAACAUCUCUGACAAUGCUUUAGGCGAGAAGGGUGUGAGGGCAUUCACAGAGCUGCUAAAAUCACAGGGCAACCUGGAAGAACUAUAUGUGAUGAACGAUGGCAUAUCAGGGGAAGCUGCUAAGGCUCUGUCUGAGCUUAUUCCUUCAACUGAGAAGCUUAAGGUUCUCCACUUCCACAACAAUAUGACUGGUGAUGAAGGUGCUAUGUUCAUUGCUGAGAUGGUCAAGCGUUCUCCAAAUCUCGAGAGCUUUAGGUGCUCUGCAACAAGGAUAGGAUCUGAUGGUGGAGUGGCAUUGGCCGAGGCACUGGGGACAUGCACUCGUCUGAAGAAGCUUGAUAUCAGGGACAACUUGUUUGGCGUUGAGGCAGGGGUGGCUCUCAGCGAAACGCUUCCAAAGCUUGGAGAUCUUGUUGAGCUGUACCUCAGCGACCUCAAUCUCGAGAACGAGGGCACCAUAGCAAUCGUGAAUGUCCUCAAAGAGUCUGCACCUCAGCUGGAGAUCCUUGAGAUGGCAGGAAAUGAGAUAACCGCCGAGGCAGCCAAACCUCUGGCGGAAUGCUUGACAGCAAUGCAGUCGCUCAAGAAGCUGACCUUGGCUGAGAAUGAGCUGAAGGAUGCUGGGGCGGCGGCGGUCGCGAAGUCUCUGCAAGAGGGCCACCCAGAUCUGAGGGAACUUGACGUGAGCACCAAUCUGUUUCAGAGGUCUGGAGCCCGCUGCUUUGCCCAGGCGGUCGCAAACAAGCCUGGGUUCGUGCUGCUGAACAUGAACGCGAACUACAUCCCUGAGGAAGGGAUUGACGAGGUGAGGAAGAUCCUGAAGGCAGGCGAGAACUCGGCGGACGUGCUUGGCCCGCUGGACGAGAACGAGCCCGAGGGGAACCCUGAUGACGAGGACGAGGAAGAGGAUGAUGAUGAUGAGGCAAAGUAUGGGGACGAUAAUGGGAAGGAUGCUGGUCUCGGCUCGAAGCUGCAGGACCUGAAGGUUGAGGCGGAGGAGGACUAA